AUGCAAAGCUCAAGGGACGGUCUUGAGCGACAUGGAAUUGAAGAAGAUGAUGUCGACCUCCAAUCCUCGUCGUCGUCGGUCACCGACGAUUCCCUCUCGUCGGGUUCGGCCGAGCCCGCGGCCGGCGACAUCGACGAAGCCCGACAGGAGAUCAAGAAGCAGCAGCAACUCAUAGCCGAUCUCCAAGCCCAACUCGCCGGGCAGAAGGAGGGUCCGGAAAAGGCUGCAGCGGGUGGGAAGAGCGCGGGAGAAGGCCCGACAACAACAACGGGAGCAGGAGGCGGAGGCGGCGGAGCUGGAACAGAACUGGAGGAGUUCUUUGCCAGCAUCGGCCUUCCGCAAUACGCGGCCGUCUUUGCCAAGGAGGAAUUCGACGUGGAGAGCAUCAUGCUGUUGGACGAGAACGAGCUCAAAGAAAUGGAGAUUCCUCGAGGGCCUCGACUCAAGAUUCUCAACCGCAUCAAGGCCGGCAACAACGUCAACACCACCAACAUCAGCACCAGCGGCGGCGGCAGCGGCGGCCCGUCGUCGGCCUCGAUCAGCCGAACCUCGUCGGCCAGCCUGAACUCCUCCGCCGAAUCCCUCGUCGUCGACGACGCCGGCGCCGGGAGUUCCACCCCGCCGCCCGCCCGGCACGACCUACUCAAUCCGCUCGACCUCGAGGAGGUGCCCAGGCCCGGCAGGCAAGCCCGGCUGUCGUGGGGGCCGACGCCCGAGGGCGAGUCGCCGGGCGGGAGCCCGCGCUCGUCACCGUCGUCGCCGCUCCACUCGUCGCCGCAUCCGAUGGCCGAGGACUCGUCGUCGCUGGUGGCCGGCGGCGGCGGCGGCGUGGUGCGCAAGUUCAAGCGGGACUCGGGGGAGAUGCGGCGGAAGCUGGCCGAGGUCCAGCGCUCGCCCGGCCGAUCGAACCACUCCAACGCGUUCCUCAAGAAGAGCGUGUCCGACCUCGAAGACCAGAUGAGCGCCAGCGAUGGGUCGGUGUUGACGAAGGCGAUGCUCGAUCGGAGGCGACGGAGCGGAGGGUCAACAUCGGGACGAUCGGCCAUCCCCACCAUCAGCUCACGAUCCCACGAACACAUCGACCACCAUGACCGCGAUGACGAAGCGCCGGGAGAGGGGGGCCUCGUCAAGAAGGUGCUGCUCGUCGAUGCGUCAGCGCCGAUCAAGACCGUGAAGAAGAUGGCCAUCACCGAGAUCCUGCCCAAGGUCUCGCAGAUGCCCAUCGAAAAGCAAAAGGCCAAGAAAGUCGGCGGGGUGGUGUACGAGUACUACUUCACCGGCGCGCGGCUGAUCGAGUGGCUGCUCGAGGAGUCGCUGGCGACGACGCCGAUGGACGCCGUCAUGGUGUGCUCCAUGCUGGUCCAGCUGGGCGUCAUCGUGUCGCUCGCCAAGAACAAGGAGUUCGAGGGCAAGCUCGAGCUCUACGCGCUCGAGGUGGGCGACUCGCGAGACAAGCGAACGCGGAGCGUCAACUACGCCUCGUCGCCCGUGCCCCCCGAAGGCUCGCCCUCCUCCAAGGCCAGCAAAAAGGAAAAGAAAGAAAAGAAAAAGAAGGAGAAAGACGGAAAGAAGAAGGAGAAGCGAAAGGAGCCGCGGCGUCCGUUCAGUCUGCGAAAGAGCGGCAUGGCGAUUCUCAACGGCAUCAAGAUGGCGCAGGCUGAGGAGAAGGCCUACGAGGGCGCCAACAACCAGCUCAGGCGGCGCAUCUUCAAGUCCACGCUCGAGGAGGUCAUGGCCCUCCAGCAGGAGAGCGACCCCACGCUGCAGGUGCCCCGGAUACUGGUCGAGCUGCGGCGCGCCAUCAUCAACAACCGCGGCCACCAGACCGUGGGCGUGUUCCGCAUCUCCGGCAACAACGACCGCGUCAUCGAGCUCGUGGCGCAGCUCAACGAGGGCGACUACGACGUGCUGCUCGGUGUGGACGAUGUGCACAUCCUGACCACCAUCCUCAAGCGCUGGAUCCGCGACCUCGCCGAGCCCCUCAUCCCCGCCGACAUCUACUACUCCGCCAUCGAAAUAGUGAAAGUGGACGGGUACAGGCAGCCGGAGCGGUGCUGGGAGGCGCUGGUGGGGGUGCCGAUGCUCAACCAGCGGGUGAUGGUCUACGUGCUCGACUUCCUGCGCGACCUGGGCCGGCCCGAGUACAGCGCGGUCACGAAGAUGGACGUGGACAACCUGGCCAUGGUCUUCGCCCCGCUCUUCCUCUGCUGCCCCGACUCCUCCCUCCUCUUCUCCAACAGCGUCUACGAGGCCACCUUUGUACAGAACCUCCUCACCACCGACCCGUCGACCGCCUCCGUCCCCUCUCCCUCCACGCCUGCCGUCGCCACCUUCACCCCUUCGCCCCGCUCGUCGCCCAUCGCGGCGGGCGCCCACCACCACCACGGCGCGGCGCCAUCGCCGCCUUCGUCGCCCUCGAUGCCUGUCUCGUCGGUCUACUCUUCACUUGCCUCGUCGUCGUCGUCGGUCCCGGCGCCCGCUACGACGUCAUCGUCGCCGCUCUCCUCGACGGCCUCCUUCUCGCACUACUCGCCCUCCACCAUCCGCGCGCGCCGAUCGGUCACCCCUCGCGCGGCCUCGCCCACGAUCGAGUGA